GAAAUACACACGGAAGCGGCAGAUUUUUUAGGAGGAAGGAGAAGAGCAUAACAAGAUUUGAACGUGUUCGAGGCUUAUUUCGAAUUUAAAUAAUUGUCUUGCAUAUGUUUAUGUAGACGAUUAUUAUUUGACAUGGGGAAAGAGGGUUUUCUAAGCCCAAAGGCGAUCGGGAAUAGGAUUAAAGCAAAAGGUCUUCAAAAAUUGCGAUGGUAUUGUCAAAUGUGCCAGAAACAAUGUCGAGACGAGAAUGGCUUCAAAUGCCACUGCAUGUCCGAGUCCCACCAGAGACAACUGCUGCUGGCCUCGGAGGACCCCAACAAGAUCAUGGACAACUUCUCACAGGAGUUCAAGAAUGACUUUAUUGAGCUGAUUAAAAGACGCUUUGGAACCAAGCGAGUGCAAAACAACAUUGUCUAUAAUGAGUACAUCAAUGACAGAGAGCAUGUCCAUAUGAACUCCACCCAGUGGGAGACUCUCACUGAAUUCACCAAGUGGCUGGGGAAAGAGGGUUUCUGUAAGGUGGACGAGACGCCCAAAGGCUGGUACAUCCAGUACAUCGACCGCGACCCAGAGACCAUCCGGAGGCAGGAGGAGCUGGAGAGGAAGAAGAAGCAGGACCUCGAUGACCAGGAGCGCAGUGCCAAGUUCAUAGAGGAGCAGGUCCGCCGAGGCCAAGGAGGCAGGGAGCCAGAGGAAGCACCGGUUUUCACUGAGUUGAAACGAGAAAGUGAAGAAGAGAAAAUUACCUUCAAUCUGGCCAAGGGCUCCUGUUCCUCUGCAGAUGGCCUAUCUAAAGCCAGUGUGGCCCUGGGUCCCAGUGCCCUGAAGUCAGCAGGAUCAGGGAAAAGGAAAGAUGCGCCCUCCACCUCAGAAGCCAAAGAGAAGAAGAAGAAGUCGGCCCUGGAUGAGAUCAUGGAGAUGGAGGAGCAGAAGAAGAGGUCUGUGAGAGCGGACCACUGGCUGCACCCCGGCAUCGUAAUCAAAGUUGUUACCAAGAGACUGGGGGAGAAAUACCACAAGAAGAAAGGAGUCAUCAAGGAGGUGCAGGAUAAAUACACAGCCGUUGUGAAGAUGAUUGACUCAGGGGACAAACUGAAACUAGACCAGAGUCACCUGGAGACGGUCAUCCCUGCACCAGGUAACCUAGUUCUCGCCAUGGUUACACACACACAUGUCCACAGGAAAUGUAUGAUUUGCAAACUGUACAUUUUUUACUGUAUCUGUAAUCUGACCUGUUAUUUCACCAAAUCUAAUAAUCAAAUCUGUCCCACAGGUAAACGGGUCCUGGUUCUGAACGGUGUGUACAGAGACACAGAGGCCCUACUGGACUCCAUAGACGAGAGAAAGUUCAGUGCCACCCUCACACUUGACUCGGUAAGGACCAGGCACAAAAUGGCUCUCGUCAUGCAUCAGUUUCUACCGUUUGGUGGUGGAAUAGAUGUUUGGUAUAGCAAAUGCUUUGGGAUGAUAUGAAUGGUUCUUAUUUUCUCAUACAAGGGUGUGAUUUCUUCCUCAGGGUCGGAUGAAAGGGAGGAGGGUGGACGGGAUUGCCUAUGAGGAUUUCUCUAAAAUAGCCGGAUCUAUCAUGACUUCUGUUACAUGACAGCGUAACCCAAGAGCCCCUACCCUGCCACUGAGGCCCAUCAGCCGAGAGACUCUACUGUGUCAGAGUUACUUUCUCUAAAUAUCCCAGAAUGCAUUUUCUAUGGGGGUAUCACUUCCUGACUUCACUUCACUUCCUGCCAAGCAAUGAUUAUGUGGGGUGGGGGGGGGCAUUUUCUUUUAGUUUUCUUUUGUAUUGUUAUUAAAAUGGUUCUCUACAAAUACAUUUUAAUGUUGUAAUAUUACUUAUUGAAUAAAGUACAACACAAUUGACCUAUGAA